CAAAAAAGAACUGAUUAAUCAGAGAGUCUCUGUAGGUUCUGAUUGACUGAAAGCUUUGAUACAAUGGCAGGCUCCUUUCAGGGGAAAUGUCUGUGUGGCGUCCUCGGUGCAGGCCUGUUUAUGGCAGGAUGUGCAUUCUUCAUCAUAGCAGCCUUUCCAGUUGUUCAGAUUGCUUUGGGCCUGGUUUACAGGGAGGAGUGCCCAAUAAGACCAGUCAUCCCAGUGUAUGUGAUGGUGUUUGGGGUCUUGGCCCUGCUGGUGAUGGCCAUGUUCACGCUGCCAAAGCUCGUGUCUCCUGCAGCAGAGAGUCAGACCAUCUGGAAGGUCGGUGUGGCCAUCCUGCUCCUCGCGUCUUUCAGCUGGCUUCUCUUCGGCAGUUAUCACAUUUAUUCCAUAUAUCCACCCAACUAUAAGAAGAACAUCACGGGCUCCACCAGUAGGACCGCCACCCUUCCUGCACCUGACAACCUGACGGCCUCCCAGAACCACAGCCUUCAGAACCUCACACACACCCCGAUCUUAUUGGGGUUGAUUCUAACUGGGUCCCUCAACACCACCGAUGGGAGGAUAGACAGAAACCUGACAAACAACCAACAACCGUUACCGCAGCUUGUAGCAGCGUCUCCAUACUGCAGCAGAACUGUGUACAUGUUUGCUUUCUGGACCACCACACUGGUUCACGUGUUUUUGGGAAAUGCACUGCUGAUCAUAAUCUGUCUGUUUGGUUUCAUGAAGUGUAUAGAUGUGUUUGUGAAGCAGCUCAAGACCUGAGCUGGCAGCUGAUAUGGCGUAGU